GUCCGGAAGAGGCCGGGAGCAGCAGCAGUGAUCAGUCUAUCUCCAGUUAGCUGUAUAACAAAGUCCUGAGGAACACAGCGACCUCCCAAGGAACCGCCUGCCUGUCUGCCUCAUUUCAGAGUGGGUUAUUGAAGCCGAAGCCUGGUGCUUCAGUCCGGGAAGACUGCAGAGAGUCCUCCCCUGUAUUCCUCCACUACGGUCUGGGAGCAGCAUCUAUCUCCACUGUUGCUGUAACCAUGUUAAUGUCCCUCUGUGGGACCAAUAAAGGACUUCUGAUUCUGCGACAGACAGAAGAGAGGGGGGAGGGGCGGGUUGGAGAGCGGCCUUCUUCUUUUCCCGGAUUUGAAGAGUCCUCUUCCUCACAGCGCCACCGUAUCCCAGGAUGCAAUGCGCGCCGGUGACGAGGAAACAAAGAAAAUGUCGGUCCGUUCUCAGAGAUAAAGCAGCACGUGAGGAGUAACUGAUAAACGUCAGCAAGAAGUCAGCUGUGCCCCCUCCGAGGCCAGUUCAGACAUAGGCAUAGCCAAGGCUGCCCAGCCAGCUAGCCUUGCCCCCACAGACACCAGCAGCCCCGUUACAGCCGAGCCAGCUAGUCAUGCCUCACGCUUCGAGACAGCAAGAAGUCAGCUGUGCCCCCUCCGAGGCCAGUUCAGACAUAGCCAAGGUUGCCCAGCCAGCUAGCCGUGCCCCGACAGUGACAGCAGCUCCCACCCACCCCAGGGACACGUUGGCCAGCGACAACUCUGUGACUGAAUACCCUACUGAUAGGGGGAAAUUCCCUGUAGAUUUAGAAGACGAUGAUGUUAAACGGUACAUUCUGAAUAACGGGCCAUGCAAGCCUGAAGGGCCAUUCAAAAGGGAUGGGAAGGGAAGGUGCUUUUCAAAAGAGUUCUAUAACAAAACAUCCAAAAUUGGAUGUAGAAUUCCGCGCAAGUGGCUAUGUUACUCGCCAUCUAUGGACCGGGUGUACUGUGAGCAGUGCUGGCUGUUCGGUGACAGACCGUCUGCCCAUCACCUCCACCAAGCGUGGAGAAUAAGAAUAAAUGAUUGGCAGGGUCUCUCUAAAAAGAUUAAGGAACACGAAUUAUCUCGCUCUCAUUUGGCAGCAUGUGUCGUGUAUGAUACGUGGAAAAAUAAUCUGACCAUUGACGCGCAAAUAUCAUCUGAGUUUAAGAGAGAGGUGGGGUUUUGGACCGAGGUCCUAACCAGAAUAACUGAUGUUACACUAACACUGGCCUCUCGCAACUCUGCUUUCCGGGGUCACAGAGAGAAAAUAUGUGAUAUAGAUAAUGGUAAUUUAUUAUCUACCAUAGAACUUAUGGCGCGUUAUGAUCCAGUUCUGCAAAGGCUUAUUGAAAGCAAAAAGAAGGUGCACUACCUAAGUCCUCAAACUCAAAACGAAAUAAUUUCAUUGCUAUCGAAAAAAGUGCAGGACACAAUCAUUACAGACAUACAGAAUGCAGAAUUCUAUUCGAUUAUAAUGGAUACUACCCAGGACAUUUCAAAAGUAGACCAACUGAGUCAAGUGUUCAGAUAUGUUACUAUAGCAAAUGAUGAAAAUGGAAACCCUACAGAGGUGAAAAUAAACGAAAGUUUUUUGGGCUUCCAUGCAGUCACAGACCAAACUGCUGCAGGUCUAGAGAGAGAAAUUCUCGAAUCGAUGGAGAGAAAGGGGAUACUAUUUGGGAAGUGCCGCGGACAAGGAUAUGACGGGGCUAGCAAUAUGAGUGGCGUCUACUCCGGUGUACAAAAACACAUAAGGGAUAAAGAGCCCAACGCAGUGUACAUUCAUUGUGCUGCGCACAAUUUAAACCUUGUACUCAAUGACGCAUGCCAAAAUAUACCUGAGAUAAAAGACUUCUACGACACUGUUGAAAGGCUAUAUGUAUUCUUUAGUGGAAGCAUCAAACGAUGGGAGCUUUUGGAAACACACCUCUCAGUGCCCAAGGCUGGCCAGCCUACACUGAAGAGACUAUGCCCGACACGAUGGGCAUCAAGACAAGACGCCGUCCAAUCAUUGCGGUUCCGUUAUGCUGACAUUAUGCAAGCGCUAACUAAGAUAGACUUGCUCUCCAAAAAAAGCGAGGAACGUGCCGAGGCGACUGGCUUGAAAAAGGCCAUGGAGAGCUUUGAGUUUGUUGUAAUGACUGUAAUACAGGGCAAGGUCCUUGAAACAGUCAACAUUGUGUCCCAAGCUCUCCAGCGCAAAGACGUGGACCUCUUACAGGCGACAGUAAUGCUUGGUAACGCAACCGAUACACUUGCCCAACUCCGAGGAGAGUUUGAUGGCUUAAAAGCGCACGCGCAAGACCUGGCAUCCUCAUGGGGUGUCCACAGUCUCUUCAAAGACAGACGCGCAAGGCGCACAAAGAGGCACUUUUCAGAGCUUUGCGAGGACCAGCGGCUCCAAGACCAUGGGGAGCAUUUUAGAGUGGCGGUAUUUUACGCAAAUUUCGAUAUUGUCGUUGCCCAACUCAAAAAUCGAUUUGUUGGAAUGAGCGAAGUUGCAUAGCGAUUUACUUUUCUGCUUCCCCGCGAACCUUUGCGCGCAACAGACAAGGAUCUGUCUGAGUCCGCAAGUGCUUUAUCAGGCCAGUAUAAAGACGACCUGUCAGCCGAGUUUCCUUUCCAGAUCCUGUCCCUCCGUAAUGCUCUUAGGCCUACUAUAAAGAAAAUUGAGCGUGGAACAAUCAAAGACCUUGCACAAACCCUGCUCAUUGAAAAUCAGUCCAUUUUGCCAAGUAUCCCCGAUGUUGUCACAGCACUGAAAUUGUUUUUAACUAUACCCGUGACUGUUGCCAGUGCUGAGAGAUCUUUCUCAAAACUUAAAUUAAUAAAGACAUAUUUGAGGAGCACAAUGUCGCAAGAGAGACUGUCUGUGUUAGCAGUCCUUAGUAUUGAGAGCCGACGCGCGCGCAGUAUAGAUUUAACGACUGUCAUACAGGACUUUGCGCAGAAGAAUGCCAGGAGACGCGCUCAUAUAAAAUAAUAGGCCUACAAAGCAGCUCCUGAUUGCAUCCUCUAUGUAGCCUAUAGGAUGUGUUUUAUUUGUUUGUUUUUUGUAGGCUACUUUUCUUUUAUACAGAAUGUUAUAUAUAUGUGAACCGUUCCGUUGUGUGAACUCCAAUGAUGAUAGGCUAUAACGUUCUACAAUAUACCUUCAUGUUACAAAAAAUACACAGCCACUUGUUUGUAUUUGUCAAUGAUGUUUAAAUCAGAUGUAUAUUAUUAUACAGUUCCUACUGACCUUACUGUUUAAAUCAGAUGUAUCUUUAUACAGAAAGUUCCUACUGACCUAUAGGCCUACUGUUUACAAAAGAUGCCUGAAAAAAUAAACAUUUAAAAAAGUGGCCGCGAUGUCUAU